GAUCAAAAACAUUCUCUUGCCGUUCUCGUUCUUCGUUCUUCCGUUAACCAAUUCUAGAAAUUGGAAAUCGCUUCUAAUCGUACAUUUCUAUAUAUGGUUAUAGAAUGCAGGGGGGGAUGUCUUUUCGAUCAUUUGAGGGAGUUUUUUUUAUGACGUCAUCAAAGCCUCGGUACAAAGCGCAACAGUUGCGGCGAACUAUAUUUAAAAAAGUGGAGUCGGUGUGACAGUAUUAUCAGAGUACCAUCUCAUCCAUACUGACGGUGGGAAAAGAUUGAUAUUGUCUACUAAUCAGCUAGAUCAUUGUUAUAACGAUGUACGACGACGAUAUUGCUGCUUUGGUAAUCGAUAAUGGUUCGGGAAUGUGUAAAGCUGGAUUCGCGGGUGAUGAUGCCCCCAGAGCUGUCUUCCCUUCUAUUGUCGGUAGACCAAGACACCAGGGUGUAAUGGUGGGAAUGGGACAAAAAGAUAGUUAUGUGGGAGAUGAAGCACAGAGCAAAAGAGGUAUUUUGACUUUAAAAUAUCCAAUAGAACACGGUAUUGUAACAAAUUGGGACGACAUGGAAAAAAUUUGGCAUCAUACGUUUUACAACGAGUUAAGAGUAGCUCCCGAAGAGCAUCCUGUUUUAUUAACCGAAGCUCCAUUGAAUCCAAAAGCUAACAGAGAAAAAAUGACACAGAUAAUGUUCGAAACAUUCAAUACACCUGCCAUGUACGUGGCCAUCCAAGCCGUGCUUUCUCUUUACGCUUCUGGAAGAACUACGGGAAUUGUAUUGGAUUCUGGAGAUGGUGUUUCUCACACCGUUCCUAUUUACGAAGGAUAUGCACUACCUCAUGCCAUUUUAAGAUUAGAUUUGGCCGGACGAGAUUUGACGGAUUAUCUUAUCAAAAUCUUAACGGAAAGAGGAUAUUCUUUCACCACUACAGCCGAGAGAGAGAUUGUUAGAGAUAUCAAAGAGAAACUCUGCUACGUGGCUCUCGAUUUCGAAGAACAAAUGGCUAAUGCAGCUGCAUCAUCGGCAAUCGAAAAGUCUUAUGAACUGCCGGAUGGACAAGUAAUUACUAUAGGAAGCGAAAGAUUCCGAUGCCCGGAAGCGAUGUUUCAACCAUCUUUCCUAGGAAUGGAAUCCUGCGGCAUUCACGAAACUACGUAUAAUUCAAUAAUGAAAUGUGACGUCGAUAUACGUAAAGAUCUUUAUUCUAACACUGUGUUAUCAGGAGGUACUACCAUGUUUCCGGGAAUUGCCGAUCGUAUGCAAAAAGAAAUUUCGUCUUUAGCUCCCAGUACGAUGAAAAUUAAAAUAAUAGCUCCGCCGGAAAGAAAAUAUUCAGUUUGGAUCGGAGGAUCCAUUUUAGCUUCGUUGUCUACCUUUCAACAAAUGUGGAUAUCAAAACAAGAAUACGAUGAAUCGGGACCGAGCAUUGUUCAUAGAAAAUGUUUCUGAAUAUUUUAACAAAUUAUAUAUAUAUAUUUUGUCUUCGUUAAUUAAAUUUUCGUAAAAUUUC